AUACAGACAUUUUUUACAUAAAUUUGCUUUUUUCUAUUUCGAGUUUCCACUUACCAGUUUCCAGUAUCAUUCAGUAAUUCAGCAUUUUCAAUUUUCAUUUUUCAUACUGUCAAAUGACAAUUAUUUGAUAAAUUUACAAUUACAUUUUAAAACAUAUUAUUAUUAUAGGUACCUACUCAAUGUUUUUGGGAACAUUGAAAGUCCUGUACAGUGUACUGUAAAUGUAAAUUAUUAAAUAUAAGUAUUUUACUUGUAAUUUGAGGAUUAGCAUAUUACUUUGAACUGAAAUCUUGUCAGUAUGUUUGUUUCCCGGGGAGAUGUACCAAAACUGGAAGUACAAUGGUCUCCUGUACAUAAAAAUAAGUUUAUUACAUGGGGCCCUGACAUUCGAAUGUAUGAAGUAAUAAACACCACCAUUUCUGAUGGUUCUAAAAGUAGUGACACUCCAAAAGGUUUGGUUUUGUCUUCUGAUACAGCAGCUAAUUUGUUAGCAACAAGUACAAACCACCGUUAUGUGAAAUGCAUUGAUAUAUAUCCAAAACCAGAAUCUGAAAUUAUGCUAGCUAUUGGACAUGCUAAUGGAAAAGUGACUUUUUGUACAUUUGGUUUGGCAACGGUGAAUAAUACAUUAGCUGGACUUGAAUUAGGACCAAAUUCACGCUUUUCACGUCAAUGUAAUGCAAUAGCAUGGAAUCCAGUUAAUUAUAAUUUGUUAGCUUGCGGAUUGGAUAGACAUCGUUCUGAUCAAUGUGUACAAGUGUGGGAUGUAGAAAAAAGUCCUUUGAUUAAUGCUGAAUUAUCACCAGGAAAACCAUUCUUUGAUUAUGGAACGGGAGAAACUGCUCAUUCUUUAGCUUGGUUUAAUUCAUCUCCUCAUGUUUUAGCCGUUAGUUGUAAUAGUAAAAACAUUCGUUGCAUUGAUAUCAGAGAUGCAUCUAAAUCAACAAAUGUAACUCAAACUAGAGCAGUGUAUGGUAUUAAUAUAGCAGUGUAUAACAAUAACCAUAUUGUUUCAUAUUGUGAUAAUAGUAUAGUUUUGUGGGACUCUAGGCAUUUAGAAAAACCUGUUGUAACUUUAACACAGAGUAAAAGUGUUUCUAAAGUUCAAUGGUGUCCGACAAGGCAUAAUUUAUUAGGGUCAUUACAAAAAGACACUAUGGCGAUAAGCUUACAUGAUAUGCAACAAAGCAUGGAUGAAGCUGAACCUUCUGCUUUAGAGAGAACUGUACAUCCUGGACAAGGCAACAUACAUUUAGCUUCAUUUUCAUGGCAUCCAACUCAUGAAAAUAGACUACUAGCUAUUUCUCAAACUGGUGUCUUAAAUGAUUAUUUUGUAUUUGAAAGAAUGACUUUGAAUUGGUCCACUAAAUCAAAUAUAGCUUGGACAUAUGGACAGCACAAUCUCAAAUAUAUAAGUGACAAAGACUUAGUUUAUUCUUCAUUUGAAGAUAUAUCAACUACUAUUAAAAUGCGUGCGUUUUCACAAUAUGGCAUUAAAGACUUUGCAGAGAACGCUAAACUUGUAGAUGAUCCCAUCAUAAAAAAUGUAUGGAAUUGGUUGGAUUUAAAUAGAAAAGUUACUAGGGCUGGUCUUGUACCUACAACUCCAAACGUACCAUUUCCAGGAAUAAAAACUGUUCUAGGUUUAGAUUCUGGAUCUCCUAUGCCUAAAUCAGAAUUAAAGCAUGUUCAGUGGGUUGAUAUCCAGGGCACAGUAAAAACCUAUCGGAGUUCAGCCAGAGAUAAUGCAUUAUUUUUAUGUGAUUGGGGAUUUGAUCGUAACAAUGCAUUACACAUAUCUGCUCUGCUAAGAAAAUUAGAAAAUGAAAAUUCUCAUACUAGAGCAGCUUCUAUAGCAAUUUUUAAUUUUAAGAAUGCGUGUUAUAGUCCUGAUAAAUAUAGUAUGUGGCGUGAAUUAUGUUCUAGAACUAGAGAAAAAUUAACAGAUCCAUUUUUGAGAGCAGCAUUUGCUUUUCUAACAUCAGAAACAGAAUCACAUGAUGCUGUCCUGAAUGAAGUUGGUAUACCAUUAGAAGACAGAAUUGCAUUUGCUUCAAUAUUUUUAUCAGAUAUAAAAUUAACGGAAUAUAUUAAUACAAUUACAGAUAAACUGUUAGAUCAAGGCAAUUUAACGGCAAUUUUUUUAACAGGGUCAUCUCCAGAUGUAGUUCCAUUACUACAAAGAUAUUUAGAUAGCACAGGAGAUAUUCAGACAGUUAGUAUAUUAGUCUUAAAGACAAUCCCUAGUGAAAUUGUUCAUGAAAAUGCAGUAAUGAUGAGUUGGAUCAAUAGCUACCGAGAAAUGUUAAAUCAAUGGCGAAUGUGGCACAUACGAGCUAAAUUUGACAUAGCGCUUAAAGCAGUAAAACCUCCACCCCAAAAUGUAUUUUUAUCCUGCAAUUACUGUGGAAAAAAUAUCUGUCCAGCAGCUGAUGAAAAAGAGAAAGAAAAUGAAAAAGAAACAAAAGUUCUAAAAGUAAAAGACCAAACAGAAAAUGGAUCAAAUAAUUUCAAAUUUACAUCAUGCCCUAAUUGUCAAAGUCCGCUGCCUCGGUGUGCACUAUGUCUUGCACAUUUAGGCACUGCCAGCGCUAAAGUACCAUUAAGAAAAACAUCUGGCAAACAAUUAACAUCCAACAGUUCAUAUGUGUUAACUGGGCAAAGUGUUAAUAGUUUUUCAUAUUGGUUUUCGUGGUGUCCUACGUGUAAUCAUGGAGGUCAUUCUAAUCAUAUAAGUGACUGGUUUAAGAAUCACUUGGAAUGUCCAGUCGCUGAUUGUGUUUGUCGAUGUUAUUCUUUGGAUUCAACAAGUCGCUAUUGUUCUGUAUAGCGCCGGAGGUCAGUUAAAAAAAUUAAUAGCAAAUUUUAGGAAAAGCAA